CUCUCUUGGCAGCUCAUCUCGGUCGCAGACCUGCAUCUUUCCUGACACCCUCGUCGUUCUGCAAGAGCCGUCGCCUCGCAAGAGCCCUCCUUCAAUCGCCAGCACCCAGACAUGACCCGUGGAGUCCGCAUCUGCAUCGACCGCGGUGGUACAUUCACCGACUGCAUUGGCUUUAUCCCUAAGGGCACCGACGAGUGGUCGCCCGUUGUUGUCAAGCUGCUCAGCGUCGACCCACAGAACUAUCCCGAUGCGCCCCGAGAGGGCAUUCGCCGAAUCCUGGAGAUCGCCACAGGCAUCCCCCAUCCCAGAGACAAGCCCGUCGACACAUCUCGCUUGGAGAUCAUCCGCAUGGGCACCACCGUCGCCACCAAUGCACUGCUGGAACGAAAGGGCGAGCCUGUUGCCUUGCUUAUCACCAAGGGCUUCAAGGACUUGCUCAAGAUCGGUAACCAGUCGCGGCCCAAGAUCUUUGACCUGUCGAUCACCAUGCCCGAUGUGCUGUUCGAGCAGGUUGUCGAGGUGGAUGAACGAGUCACUCUUGUUGGAUACACCUCGACAAAGUCCGGCAUGGACGUUGUGGUUCCUGAAGGCGACGCUCGCUUCGUCAAGGGCAUCACGGGCGAGUGGGUCAAGAUCCUGCAGGCCCCAGAUAUCGAAAGCAUCCGCAAGGAUCUCCAGCAUGUCUACGACCGCGGAAUCCGAAGCGUGGCGAUAUGUUUGAUGCACGCAUUCACAUACCCAGAGCACGAAAAGAAGAUUGGGGAGAUUGCCAAGCGGAUCGGAUUCACACACGUUUCCCUGUCCUCGGAGAUCAUGCCGAUGAUCAAGAUCGUUGCCCGAGGCACCUCUGCUACCGCGGAUGCCUAUUUGACUCCUUGUCUCCAGCGAUACAUUCAGGGCUUCUUUAGCGGCUUUGAUGCUGGCAUCCACACCAAUGUGCGUGUCGAAUUCAUGCAGAGCGACGGCGGACUGACUCCCGUCAGCGGCUUCAGCGGCUUCAAGGCGAUCCUCAGCGGUCCGGCAGGCGGCGUGGUUGGCUACGCCCUCACCAGCUGGACACCGGAGGAGAACACGGCCGUCAUAGGUUUCGAUAUGGGCGGAACCAGCACGGACGUUUCGAGAUACGACGGCCGAUACGAGCACGUCUACGAAACCACCACGGCUGGUGUGACGAUUCAGGCCCCACAGCUGGAUAUCAAUACGGUUGCUGCCGGUGGCGGCUCGCGUCUCUUCUUCCGCAACGGCAUGUUUGUUGUCGGUCCUGAAAGUGCCAGUGCCGAUCCUGGUCCUGCGUGCUACCGCAAGGGCGGCCCUCUCGCCAUUACCGACGCCAACUUGGUUCUGGGACACCUGAUCCCCGACUAUUUCCCCAAAAUCUUUGGCGCCAGUGAGAAGGAGCCUCUGGACAUCCAGGCCUCGCUUGCACUUUUCCAACAGCUGACGGAUGAUGUCAAUGCGUUCUUGUCGUCGGAGGCUGCCAAGAAUGGCGGUGCCGCCGCCAAGCAGAUGACGCUCGACCAAGUUGCCUUUGGCUUUAUCAAGGUCGCCAACGAAAGCAUGUGCCGACCCAUCCGUGAGCUGACCCAGGCGAAGGGAUACGACACAGCGAAUCAUGUCUUGGCUUGCUUCGGAGGAGCAGGCGGCCAACAUGCCUGCGCCAUCGCCCGCACCCUGGGCAUCAAGCGCAUCCUGAUCCACAAGUACUCGGCGAUUCUAUCCGCCUACGGUCUCUCACUUGCCGAUGUUGUCCACGAAGUGCAAGAGCCAAGCGCCGUCGAAUUUGGCCCGCAGAGCCUUCCUCGCAUCCAAGAACGUGUGAACAACCUCGUUACCCAGGCCACUCGCGAGCUUGUCCAACAAGGCUUUGAAGCUGCGAAUGUCCACUGCGACGAGUUCCUGAACCUCCGCUACCAGGGUACCGACACGGCCCUCAUGACUCUCAAGCCCAAGCGCGACGAGGACUGGGAUUUCAUUCCGCCCUUCCUCGAUGCCUACAAGCAAGAGUUUGGCUUUACUCUGAGUGACCGCGCCAUCUAUGUCGAUGACAUCCGUGUUCGCGGUGUCGGUCGCAGCUCCAACAUCGAGGCCUCGGCAUUCAAGACCAAGGUCUACGAGGAGGUCGCCUCGAUCGAGCGCAAGCCAGCCCCGGCGCCGCACGACCGUGCCAGCAGCUACUUUGACGGCCUGGGCCGGAUCGCCGACACGCCCAUCUAUGUCCUCGACCGCCUCGAUCGGGGCAGCGUCAUUGACGGGCCUGCCCUUGUGAUUGACAACAACGCGACCAUCGUCGUUGACCCGGAGUGCUCUGCGCUCAUUACUUCUGAGCACGUUGUCAUCACCGUCGGCGAGUACCAGCAGAAGCGGGUCGGCACCGACUUGGAUCCCAUCCAGUUGUCGAUCUUUGGCCACAGAUUUAUGAGCAUCGCUGAGCAAAUGGGCCGCACGCUCCAGAAGACGGCCGUGUCGACCAAUAUCAAGGAGCGCCUGGACUUUUCGUGUGCGUUGUUUGGAUCCGACGGCGGGCUGGUUGCCAAUGCGCCACACAUCCCCGUGCACCUUGGCUCUAUGCAGGAGGCUGUUCGCUGGCAAAUGGAGUAUCUCAAGGACGGGAUCAAGGAUGGCGAUGUGCUGGUGACCAACCACCCAGCAGCCGGAGGCUCGCACCUGCCCGAUAUCACCGUCAUCACACCCGUAUUUGAAGAUGGUCGCAUUGUAUUCUUUGUGGCAAGUCGAGGACACCACGCUGACAUUGGUGGACUUCAACCCGGAAGCAUGCCACCCAACUCGCGCGAGCUCUACCAGGAAGGCGCAGCCAUCAAGUCGUUCAAGCUUGUCUCGAAUGGCAGCUUUGACGAAGCCGGGAUUACCAAGAUCCUGCUGGACGAGCCGGCUCAGUACGAGGGCUGCAGUGGCACGCGCUGCCUCAAGGACAACAUCUCGGACCUCAAAGCCCAAGUUGCUGCCAACCAUCGCGGCAUUCUGCUUGUCAAGAGUCUGAUUGCGGAAUAUGGCCUGGAUGUCGUUCAGGCUUAUAUGACCUACAUCCGCUCCAACGCCGAGCUUGCUGUGCGCGAGAUGCUCCGCUCCGUGAGCCGCAAGUAUGGUCCGGUGCUGCACGCCGCCGACCAAAUGGAUGACGGCACACCGAUCAACCUGACCAUCAAGAUUGACCAGACCACCGGCGACGCUGUCUUUGAUUUCACCGGCACCGGUCCCGAGGUCUACGGCAACACCAACGCCCCCCGGUCGCUCACGAACUCGGCCAUCAUCUACUGCCUGCGCUCGCUGAUCAACGAGGAUAUGCCGCUGAACCAGGGUGCGCUCGCGCCAAUCUCGAUGGUGGUGCCUCCUGGCUCGCUGCUGGCCCCUUCGGAGAAGACGGCGGUUGUCGGCGGCAACGUGCUGACGUCGCAGCGCCUGUGCGAUGUCAUCCUGAAGGCCUUCCGUGCAUGCGCCGCCAGCCAGGGCUGCAUGAACAACUUUACUUUUGGCAAAGGCGGCAAGUCGGAGCAAGGCGAGGUUGUGGAAGGAUUUGGAUACUACGAGACAAUCGCGGGAGGAAGCGGUGCCGGACCGACCUGGAACGGAAAGAGCGGUGUCCACACGCACAUGACCAACACCCGGAUCACCGAUCCCGAGAUCCUCGAGCGACGUUACCCUGUUAUCCUGCACGAGUUUGGGCUCCGCACAGGCUCGGGCGGUGCUGGCCAGUUCCGUGGCGGCGACGGCUGUGUCCGUGACAUUGAAUUCCUGGAGCCCAUCUCGGUUUCGAUGCUCUCGGAGCGACGAGUGCUCCGUCCGUACGGCAUGGAUGGCGGCCAGGACGGACAGGCUGGCAUGAACUUGCUUUACAAGAAAGAAGCCGAUGGCAGCUACCGAGUGGUCAACUUUGGCGGCAAGAACGCCACGAUCGCCCAGCCCGGAGAUCGCAUCAGAAUCCUGACCCCUGGAGGCGGUGGUUGGGGUGCUUCUGUCGGAUCCGAGAUGCAUGAAGGCCCCGAAGCUGCCCCGAUUGCUCCUGGGUUCGGCGGUUCGCUCCACCAAUACGCUGCACAGCAGUACUCUGUCUAAGUUUCCCAAGUACAUUGCCAAGGCCAGGGGGGCAAGGACGACCCGGAUUCCGCCUGAAGAAUCUGAGGACAACGCCUGCUCCUCGAACAGUGACAAUGCCGAAGGCGCUCAAUAAAAAUGCAGUGCUAUUGAGACAACGGAAGC